CUUUCUUUAACAGUUAAAGCCAUGGCACUGAAACAGGUUUCCAGCAACAAAUGCUUUGAGGGUUUCCAGAAGGUGUUUGAACAUGACAGCACAGAGUUAAAAUGCAAAAUGAAAUUUGGAAUCUACCUGCCUCCAAAAGCAGAAACUUCAAAGUGUCCCGUGCUUUAUUGGCUCUCAGGAUUAACUUGCACAGAACAGAAUUUUAUAACAAAAGCUGGUUUUCAACAAGCUGCAGCUGAACAUGGCCUUAUUGUAGUUGCGCCAGACACAAGUCCACGUGGCUGCAAUAUUGAAGGAGAAGAUGAAAGCUGGGAUUUUGGCACUGGUGCUGGUUUUUAUGUGGAUGCCACUGAAGAUCCUUGGAAAACAAACUAUAGGAUGUACUCCUAUGUAAAGGAUGAGUUGCCUAAACUAAUAAAUACCAAUUUUCCAACUGACCCUGAACGGAUGUCGGUGUUUGGACACUCCAUGGGAGGCCAUGGAGCUCUGAUUCUUGCCUUGAAGAAUCCUGGAAAGUACAAAUCUGUAUCGGCGUUCGCUCCUAUCUGCAACCCUAUUCAGUGUCAGUGGGGGAAGAAAGCCCUUGGUGGAUAUCUGGGAUCAGAUACAAGCAAAUGGGAGGCAUACGAUGCUACGCAACUUGUGAAGUCCUACCCAGACUCCCACCUGGACAUCUUGAUCGAUCAGGGCAAAGAUGACCAGUUCCUGUCAGCAGGCCAGUUGCUGCCCGACAACUUCAUCGCCGCCUGCACAGAGCAGAAAAUCCCCGUAGUCUUCAGACUGCAGCAGGGUUAUGAUCACAGCUAUUUUUUCAUUGCAACAUUUAUUAAUGAUCACAUCAAACACCAUGCAAAAUACCUUAAUGCUUGAACCCUUUGUAUGGGAGCAUCUUCUGUCCAAUAGGCUAUGGGUGAACUAAACAAAAAUAAUUUGCUGAAUUAGUGUCUACACAAAAUGAAGCUCUUCUGAUGGUACUGCAGAUAAAAUAAAAGCCCUUGAUUUGA